AUGAUGAGACGGCGCACUGGAACUGCCGAUGGAGAUAAUAUGUCGUCAUCGUCGCGAUGGCCAAUGAGAAGCGAUCCUGCCAAUACAUGCGACAAUAAGCAGCGCACGACCCUUAUUGAGAAUGUUUCGUUACUCUUUACGGAAUCUUCCCUCGUGGCCACCCCAGUGGCUUUAAUACACCGAUCGUUGGCUGGUUUGGGAGUGGCCGAAGAGGAUCUUCCCACUCCGAUUGCCCUGUUCCGAGUCGUAUUGGCGUUAUUGGCAGUUGUGCUGAUGCUCUGUUACUUCUCAUGGGGACGACAGAAGAGUCGAAAGAGCGACUUGCAGCGAGAGCUUCAAUUGGCGCGUGCCAAAGUCAGAUCGCUGCAAGAUCAAUUGAAGCAGCUCAAGGACGAUGAUGACAAUAACAACAAGAAACAACAACCAUUGGACGACACCACCAAUGGCGACAAGGAAAUUCGAAUCUUUAUGGAUGGAGCCUUUGAUCUUCUCCACUACGGACAUAUGAAUGCGUUCCGAUUGGCCAAAUCGCUCGGGACGACUCUCAUUGUGGGCGUCAAUUCCGAUGAAUCCAUCACCAGGUGCAAGGGAGCACCACCUCUCAUGAGUGACGACGAGCGCAUGACCAUGGUCAAAACGUGCAAAUUCGUCGAUGAAGUGGUGGAAAAUUGUCCUUACGUCAUGAGCCCCGAGUAUUUGGACUGGGUGAUCAAGGAAAAACGCAUUGAUUAUGUCAUUCAUGGAUCCGACCCAUGCUUUACGGUUGAUGGAGAGGAUGUCUACGCCGCCGCCAAGGCAACAGGAAAGUUCCGAAUGAUUCCACGGACCGAAGGAGUCUCCACCAGUGAUAUUCUAGGACGAAUCCUCGUCAUGACACGCGAACAUCAUAUCUAUGAUCAACAAAAACAAAUCACGGCAGACAAGACUGAGGAUGAAAACAACAGCAACAAGGACGAGGAAAAGAGUGCCGAACAGCAAGAGCAACAAGAACAACCACGAUCCAAAUUCUUGACCACGAGUCUAUUGCUCAAGUUGUUCAGUGCUGGAGUAAAGGCUCCCAAGAAGGGCAUGAAGGUCAUUUACAUUGACGGGACCUGGGACCUCUUUCAUCCCGGUCAUGUUGCCAUCUUGAAGGCGGCACGGGAGCGUGGCGACUAUUUGAUUGUUGGAGUGCACGGAGACGCUGUGGUGAAUCGGCUGCGGGGAAUGAACAUGCCCCUUAUGAACCUACACGAACGCGUCUUGAGUGUUCUGGGUUGCCGGUAUGUUGACGAUGUGUUGAUUGACGCUCCCUACGAGAUCACACCCGACAUGGUGGAUCGGCUAAACAUCUCGGAAGUGGUCAAGGGAACCAAGCACGAUGACAUUGGCGUUCGGUACGCUGUCAACAUGUAUGAUUAUCCCAAGAGGGCGGGAAUUCUGACAGAGGUUGAGAGUCCAAGUACAUUCAACAUGGAGCACAUUGUGCAACGCAUACGAAAGAACCAAAAAACGUUUGAGGAAAAGUUUGAUCGCAAGAUCAAAAUGGAAAACGAGUUCUACAAAAACCUUCGCAGCACCUCACAAUGA